AUGCCCUCAGAACAUUCUCGUUCGUCGUCUUCUUCGAGCGUGACUUCGCCGAUUCCCACAAUAAACAUAAAAUAUGCACCGCCACAACGGAAAGAAGAAGGGAUAAAAGUACCUCAAGAGAUAAAAAACUCUAGAGAUAGAAGCUCAUCUCGCACGAAGAGCCCUUCUCGUAGCAAAAACGACAAAAAGGGAAAACUCUCUCCAACUCGAUCUAAAAGCCCAUCCGGCGACAGGCAAAGAAAUAACAGUGGCACGGGUUCGCGCUCGAGAAGUCCUACUCCACGCUCGAAGAGUCCCUCUCCAAAACAAGAUUCCUCAAGAUCUAGAAGUCCCCUUGGUAGAAACCACAACCGGAACAACAGUGACAACUUGUCAAAACCCUCUUCGCAGGAUGCUCGUCUCAGUCCUUCUUCUCAUCCGUGGAUCGCAUCUUCUUCUAACGAUCGCAAUUCCUCAAAAAUAUCCAAUCGUCUAAGCUUACCUCCUAAUUUCAAUGAGAUGGACUUCUCAAACAUAGUCCGCGAGAACAAUGAACGAUGGGCUAGAUUGAAAUUGGGGUCAGAUACGAGGGAUAGUAGAGGCGGUAUUAUGGGUAGUUUUACAAAAUCGGGGACUCUAGGGGGGGCGCCUAUUUUAAGGCCAAACUUGUCCGGGGAUUCGUUUUCGAGUUUCUCUGGAACAGAAAAAAUGAAGAGGAGUCCGUCUUCUACCGGAAAGACGUCAUUUAAUUCCCCAUUAUUGGUGCCGGGUGGAUUUCCUUUGAUUAGAGCCAGAAGUCAUAAUUCGGCCAUGGAUACGCCACGAUUACCGAUGGAAAUUUUGAAGGAAAAGCUUCAUCCCUUGCAGCAUGCUUGGUACGUGUUUAUAAGCUAG